AGUACCAAAGAAAUGUUCUCGAUCACUUUAUUAACAAUUAUUUCUAUUAGUUGUGUUUUUGCACAACCAAUAAAUUCUGAACCUUUCGCCGAUCUUCAUCCCGAUGUUGGAUUGAGUGUGGUAAGAACAACAAAAAAUCGAGGAAAUUUAUCUGCUUAAGAUUAUCUUCAGAUUGAGUUGAUCCAAAAAUAUAAAUACCCGAUUGAAAGGCACAGGAACAUCGAAACCGAUGAUGGAUAUCUUUUAGAAAUGCAUAGAAUUCCUUAUGGAUUGAAAAGUGGGCCCGCUGAAAAUAAACCUGUCGUUUUUGUGAUGCACGGUCUUUUGAGUUCAUCGGCAGAUUGGGUUAAUAUGGGUCCAGAGAAAAGUUUAGGAUUUCUCUUAGCCGAUUUGGGUUAUGACGUUUGGAUGGGAAAUGCUAGAGGAACAACAUAUUCAAGAAAUCAUAUUUCUUUGGAUCCUGAUAAAUAUAAAUCUGAUUUUUGGGAUUUUUCUUGGAAUGAAAUUGGAGAAUAUGAUUUACCAGCUAUGAUCGAUUACGUUUUAAGCUACACAAAACAAGAAAAACUAUUCUAUAUAGGCCACUCCCAAGGAACAACUAGCUUUUACGUAAUGUGUUCAGAAAAACCAGCUUAUAACAAUAAAAUUCGUGUUAUGAUCUCUUUAGCACCGGUUGCGUAUAUGGACCAUAUGGAGAAUCCAUUGUUUAGAUUUGUAGCUGCUUUUGAUGGUCCUUUAGAGUUUCUCACACAAUUAAUCGGAAUCGCCGAAUUUUUACCAGACAUUGAAUUCUUAGGGUCGAUUGGAAAAGUUUUUUGUAAAGAUGGUGCGAUUUUCCAAGAAGUUUGUGCCGGAGUUAUCUUUCUAAUCGGAGGAUUUGAUUCUGAACAAUUAAACAGAACCAUGAUUCCAGUUAUUAUGACCAAUACCCCAGCGGGAGCUGCUACGAAACAACUUCUUCACUAUGCCCAAGAUAUAAAUUCAGGCGAAUUUAGAAAAUACGAUUACGGUUUAAUUCAAAAUUUAAUCAAAUAUGGUUCUGUUUCGCCUCCAUCUUACAAUUUAAACAAAAUUACAGCUCCUGUUGCUAUGAUUUAUAGCAAAAAUGAUUGGUUAGCAGCGACUGUUGAUGUGGAAAGGUUGGCAAAAGAACUUCCAAAUAUGGUGUAUAAAUAUUUAAUUCCUUUUGAGAAAUUUAAUCAUCUCGACUUUUUAUGGGCGGUUGAUAUAAUUCCUUUGGCGUAUAAUUAUGUUUUUGAUUUACUUAAGCAAUAUUAAUGUUUUUAAAUAAAGAUUAAAAAAAAUUUAUUU